AUGGAGGACCUCGAGGAACGGCUGCGAAGCCACUCCGAUGCCUUCAGUGGGCUCAUGUCCUUGAUCCCUGCCAAAUACUACUAUGAGGAGGACCAUAGUGACCAAUGGCAGCGCAAAAAGCAAACCAAGGAAGAGGCCAAGAACGCCAAACUGGCCAAGCUAGACCCCGAUGCCGCCAAGUCAGCAAAGGAUGUCAUGGAUGAGAAUGCUCGAAAGCGGAAACGAGACGAACCUGAAAACGGGAAUGAAAAUGAUGAUGACAAUCAGAGCCAGUCCUCCGUGAGCGAAUUGGGCUCGGAGCUCCCCAAGGAAGGCCUAAAGCGCGGGGAUAUCAAGAGCAAGAAGCAAAAACAGGCAGAUGCUGCCGAAGAGAAUAAUAAAGCGUCGACUCGGGAUGUAGAUGCAGAAGAGCGACGAAAAUUGAAAGCGGAAAAAAAGGCCGAGAAAAAGGCAGCGCAACGCGAGAGGAAAAAGGCCAAGGACGCGGCAAAAGUGGAAAGGAGGAAAGCCGCUGAAGAGCAGCCCAAGCCCACCACAGAAGACUCGCAAGAAGAGCCAUCGGAUAAAAACACGGAGAAAGAUACCCCCGUAGAAGACAGCAAUGAUAUGGACGUAGUCGAGGGGUUCGCUCCAGAAACAUCAUCUACCUCAUCCACUCCAGAAUUCUCGAAUUUCGAGAUGUCGAAUGACAACUCCGGCAGCUCGUCCAUUUCAUCAAUCGUCCCGCCUAGCGAGGCUCCAGGAACAACCUCGAAGCCUGCACUGAAACCUCUCAAGACCACCCCCGACGAGCUACGACAAAGACUACAAAAGCGUCUUGAUGAACUGCGAGCAGCCCGGCAUGCAGACGGCCUCAACGGAAAGCCAGCUCGGACACGCCAAGAACUCAUUGAGGCGCGCAGAAUCAAGGCCGAGGAGCGCAAACGACACAAAAAGGAACUCAGGCGCAAGGCCAAGGAAGAAGAAGAACAGAAAAAGGAUGAUGAAAUGCAAAGACGCUUCUCCCCCGGUGGACCCGGCUCACUACUGGCAUCACCACGUUCUCCCGCGGAAUCCCUCGCUUCCAACUCCAACAACUUCGCCUUUGGCCGCAUUGCAUUCCCAGACGGGCAACAUGCCGACCCCACGCUCUCCCGUCUGCUUGAUGACAAGAACACGCACGGUCCGCGAGACCCAGCUGCAGCACUGAAAGCGGCCGAAGCCAAGAACACUCGCCUGUCGGGCCUUGACUCGGACAAGCGAGCUGAGAUUGAAGAGAAGGACAUGUGGCUAAACGCGAAGAAGCGGGCUCAUGGCGAGCGUGUUCGUGACGACACCUCGCUGCUGAAAAAGGCCCUGAAACGCAAAGAAUCUGCAAAGAAAAAGUCCGAGCGUGAAUGGCGCGAACGAAUCGACGGCGUAGCCAAGGGUAAAGAAAUGAGACAAAAACGCCGCGACGAGAAUAUCCGCAAGAGGAAAGAAGAUCGAGGAGGAGGAGGAGGAGGAGGAGGAGGAGGAAAGAAAGCUGGUGGCAAGGGAGGCAAGCCCAAAGCCCGACCUGGCUUUGAGGGAAGUUUCAAAGCCAAGUCCGGUGGAAAGAAGAAAUAA